AUGAAUGCAAAGCACGCUGUCAGCAACAUCACACGUAUAGACCCAGAGAUAGGGUCUCGUGAUCCAGAAGAUGCCGCUAACAGCUCCCUCGCGGCCAAAAGCAUCCAAGAGAUCAGCGCGCCCCCCCCCAGGCACAAAUUGCAAUGGAGCUACAUAGAGGUUGAUGAGGAGGACGACAAUAUCUGCGUGGCAUACAAUUGUCGGCCAGACUUCGAUGACGUUUGGCCUCAUGGUCUUUAUAUUAAUGUCUGCUACAACAAUGAUGUUUCGCUUGAAAAGGCAGUCGGCGGUCCUUGCGGCAAGCCAUCGUUUGGCGCUGAAAUAAUUCACCUAGUACAGGCGCCCAAUUGUUUUGUAAAGAGGGAAGCACUGACGAAGGUGCAAAAGCUUGAAGAGAUUAUCGAGGAUCUAGGUGAAGAUAUCAAAAUGCUCUAUAGAGACGAGCAAUGGGAUGCUCCCUCGCGUGUCGGGGCCAAAGGCAAGAGAAAGAGACUAGAAUCGAGCACCGCCAGUUCAGCUGGGCCAAUGGCUCAGCGGACCAAGGUCGAGGCCAAAAGACGCCUAGUGGAACUCGAGCUGUAG